CAAGUGUUGGGUCAUUUAAAUUUUACAAUGAGAUUAAAAAGUCGAUGGCAAGUAGUGUGCCUUGUUAGUUGAGAUUUCCUCGCGAACACGGCAAAAAUAGUCUCCGUAGAAUGUCUGACAGUUCUACUCUUUCUACUCAUCUUAUCGCAUAUUAAAUCCUAGAGUUGGAGGGAGAAAAGUAUUAAUUAUCUCGUUUUUUUUUAUUCUGACUUCAUAAAGUGCUUUCUCGGUGCGAUAACGCUUUUCCGCCAUGCGGCAUUUAGUCAGUGUUGAGAUUUUGUGAUCGACAGACGUGCGCAGAUUAAAAUUUAUUCAUAACUUUGGAAGAGACUCUUGGAACAAGGUUCGAAGAGAGAGAAAAAAAUGUUGAUCAUGUGUUAAGAAAAAAAGUGUUGAAACAGCAAUUACAAAAGCCCACACUGGCAUAGGAAAAUUCUAAUUACUUGACAUUGACCGUCAAAAUCACCUUCGAACUCUCAGCAGAAAGGCGAGAUCACGUUGAUCAAUUGAAAAUCGUGUGAAACUCGUAUUUGCGUGAUUGAGGUGCGCGGGAAAAAUGGGUGAUCACGAUGGAUUAAAGUUUGAGGGAAAUCGAAUAAAGUAUAGACGGACCAAAAGUGUCACAAGGGCCGAAGAGAUCAUCCAAAAGGAGUACAAACAGCGAAGAUCUCAGCCAGACAAACCAUGCCAUCGACCACAGGAUUCCCUUUUUACGUGGAGUUCAGGUUUCAACAACUUCACUGGAUUGGUCAAUUGGGGCUUCCUACUUCUAACCAUGGGAGGAUUCCGUCUCCUUCUGGAGAAUUUCAUAAAAUACGGCAUUCGAAUUGACCCUAUUCAAUGGUACAUUGUCCUGACUGGAAAGAAUGAGGGUGAAGGAUUUCCCUCCCUUAUCCUUACAGUCUACACCCUUGUGCCGAUCCUGAUUUGUCUGCUGGUGGAAAAGGGUCUGGCAGUAGAGAUUAUUACUGAGGGAUUCGGGAUGUUCAUCCAUGUGAUCAAUAUCGUUGUUCUUGUGCUCAUUCCAAUGGUCAUUAUACACGUUAAGGGUCAAAUCUUCAGUCUCAUUGGUGCUAGUUUUGUCUGCUUUGUCUACUCCAUUCUGUUCAUGAAGCUCUGGAGCUAUGUCCAGGUCAAUAUGUGGUGCCGUCAUGAUAUAGUCUCACCCAAAUCCACAAAAACCCGAAAGAGAACUCAAAGUAUCUCAAUAGCUCAGUUGCAAAAAGAUACGGCGCAAAAGAAUGAUUUUGAUGGAAUGGAUGCAAUGAAGAAAGAUACUCAUCAACCUGAAGUUCUCAUUCAGUAUCCUCAAAAUCUUCAUCUAACAGAUCUUCUGUACUUCAUCUUCGCUCCAACGCUCUGUUACGAAUUAAAUUUCCCCAGAACUUCGAGGAUCAGGAAGCGUUUCUUGCUUAAACGAAUUCUUGAAGUUCUGAUUGGGGUGAAUGUUGUAAUGGCACUUUUCCAGCAGUGGAUGAUUCCUUCAGUGAGAAACUCCUUGACACCGUUUUCCAACAUGGACUUGGCUCAUGCAACUGUGAGACUUCUUAAGCUCUCGAUUCCCAACCAUCUGGUAUGGCUGUGCUUCUUCUACCUCACGUUCCAUUCCUUCCUGAACUUGAUGGGGGAACUCUUGCAGUUCGCGGACCGGAACUUCUACUGUGACUGGUGGAAUGCCAAUAGCAUAGAUACAUUCUGGAGGACUUGGAACAUGCCGGUGCAUCGUUGGUGCGUUCGUCAUCUCUACAUUCCAGUCGUGGAUAUGGGGUUUGGCAAAACAGCCGCCUCAAUCACAGUCUUCUUUAUCAGUGCCUUCUUCCAUGAGUACCUGGUCAGUGUUCCACUGAGGAUGUUCAAAGUGUGGGCUUUUAUGGGAAUGAUGGGUCAGAUUCCUCUGUCUUGGGUGUCCAAUUUUGCCAAGAAGCGCUUUGGACCGCGUUGGGGAAAUACAAUUGUUUGGUCAUCACUGAUUAUAGGCCAACCUCUUGCCGUUAUGAUGUACUACCAUGACUACGUUGUCACGCAUUACAAUGAAGUUUUGGUGGAGUCUUGAGAUUUGUACCAAAUAUAGAAUUCUAGAUUAAAAAAUAUUCAAAGAAAUA